GCUAUCCCGAUCCUAUCAACAUCGUAUCGACCUCGCGGGGCACCCCAGCAGAGAUACGGGGAAGCUGAUAAACAAAAAAACCACCGCCUUACCGUAUAAGUGAUCGCUCCACCGCCUUCCGGAAUUCAAAAACGAGCAACACCAUGCGCGGUUCACUCUGGGAAUUCCUAAUGAUCUGCGGCCUCUUUUCGGCCGUGGCGGGCAAUGGCCUGAGCACCCAGUAUCGAGGCAAAGCCCAGCAUCCCGAAUUGCCGGAUCACUGCAUCUACGAGGAGCUCGACUUGGCUGUCCCGCUGUACGGUUCUGCCCUGCCCACCGGCUACAGGGGCUACUGCGUCAAGGCGAUGUGCACGGAGGACUACCUGCUGAUGAUACGACACUGUGACCCACUUCCGUUUCCACGGAACGGCUGUCGCUUGUCCGCCGGGAACUUUGAGCUGCAGCAUCCCCACUGUUGUCCCCAGAUGGAGUGUCCCAAUGGAGUCUCAGACUAGCCACCAUCUCUUCUCUAUCCUUCAAGUUACAAUGUCUUUCCUACAAAAAUACGAACAUAAAUGAACAAUAUUUUGAACUAAAAAGACUAAA